AUGGAUCACAAUCAUCAAGAUCCAUCUACUGGACUUUUGACAGAAGAAUUUGCGGAAGGUCUUCAACAAUUCAUGUCAUUUGCGUCAAACCAGCCGAGGACUUUGGAAACGGGUAAGAUGUACUGUCCUUGUCCAAUUUGUCAAAAUCGUAGAUUUGGUACAGUUAGUGGUGUAUGGAAGCACUUAUAUAGUAGAGGAUUUAUGGCGGGUUAUAAAGUUUGGUAUUCGCAUGGUGAAACUGAUUCUAUGGUGAAUUUCGGUAGUGCUAGUGAAGAAAAUAACAUGGGGGGGUUAGGAGAACAACAAGGUGGCUUAGAUGAACAUAUAGGAACUGUUCAAAUGGUUGAAGAUAGGUAUAGAGUAGAGGAACCAAACUUUGAAGCGCAGAAGUUUUAUGAUAUGUUAGAUGCAGCAAAACAACCAUUAUAUGAUGGUUGUAGAGAUGGUAUUUCACCUCUUUCAGCUGCAACAAGGAUGAUGUCUAUUAAAACAGAUUAUAACUUAAGCGAAGAUUGUGUUGAUGCGAUAGCUGGUUUUGUGAAAGAUAUAUUGCCGGAAGAUAACCUUUCACCAGCUACCUAUUAUGAGAUACAAAAGUUAGUUUCAGGGUUGGGUUUGCCCUAUCAAAUGAUAGAUGUUUGCAUCGACAACUGUAUGAUAUACUGGGGAAGGGAUGUUGAUCGUACUAGUUGUCGAUUUUGUCACAAACCACGGUUUCAAAAAACAAGUCGAAAGACUAAAAUCCCGUAUAAGAGAAUGUGGUACUUGCCAAUAACAGACCGACUAAAGAGGUUAUACCAAUCCAAACAUACCGCCGAUGCUAUGAGAUGGCAUGGUGAACACAACAGCAACGGAGAAAUUGCUCAUCCAUCAGACGCGAAAGCCUGGCAACAUUUUCAGUCAGUGUAUCCUAGUUUUGCAUCUGAGAACAGAAAUGUUUACCUUGGAUUAAGUACGGAUGGAUUCAACCCGUUCGGAAGCCAUGGGAGACAAUAUUCUCUUUGGCCAGUUAUUGUAACACCAUACAAUUUACCUCCAUCAUUGUGCAUGAAACGAGAGUUUCUCUUUCUCACAAUUCUAGUUCCUGGUCCUGCACAUCCUAAAAGAUCCCUUGAUGUCUAUUUGCAACCAUUGAUUCAUGAGUUGAAAAUGCUAUGGGCCGAAGGAGUUGAAGUGUAUGAUAUAUCUGCUAGGCAGAAUUUUAUAAUGCGUGCAGUGCUUAUGUGGACCAUAAGUGACUUUCCCGCAUACGGAAUGUUAUCUGGAUGGACAACACAUGGAAGAUUAGCGUGUCAACCUCAUCAUCUCAGCCCUAUUAAGAAGGGUCGUCGGUAUGGUAUCGGUCGUACCUCUGAAGCUAUCUCAACCUCAUCAUCUCAGCUCUAUGUUUCUUCCUCGAGUAUUGUUCAGUACAUGGAGCGGAUGAAGACGGAGCUUGAUGAAGAGCGGUCAAAACGUCAAGCUAUUGAGGAACAGCUUCGUAGCGUGACCGCUUUCAUUUCCAACCUUUACCCCGAGCAGUUCUCUGCAACUCAAACCCAGCCGGACUCUGCAACCCAAAGCCCCGACGAUCGAUGUUUCUAG